AUGUGGGGGCUGGCUCCAACUUUUCGCGCUGGCACUGACCCGGACGGAGGAGGUCAAGUCACCGGCCGGGAGGUUAUCUUGGAGGACGUCAGGCAGCUCUGUAUCCAUGAGCUGACGGUGGCUCCGACUGGGGAGAGUCACACGCUGAGACAGCCUGAGUACGCCUGGAAGUGGUGGAGCUAUGUGGCGCAGUUCCUGAACGAGUGCCCUACCACCGGCACCGACCCGCUCCACAUGUUCGGCAAGCAGUGCUCGGAGCGCGUGAUGCGCCAGAUCGGGAUCGAUGUGGAGAAGGUCCAGGAGUGCGAACUGACAACGCAGGACGAGAAGCUCAAGUACCAGCUCGAGAACAGCGCGUGGUCUGAGGACGCGUUGCGGAUCAAUGGAUGGAGGUACAGCGGCACGAUGGAUGCCGACUUGGUGACGAAAGCCAUUUGUGCCGGAUUCGUCGUGACUCCAGAGCCCUGCGCACGACUCGCCGCGCCAGCAAACCCGUUCAACGUGGACAACCUGCCAAGAGCCCCGGAGGGCGUGUCCAACUCACAGCUGAUGGAGGUUUUCAUCAUCCUGGCUGUGCUGGCCGUUGGCUUCAUGUACUUCUACAAGCGCUCCCUGACACGGCACGUGCACACAGCGCUUCGCGAGGAGGUCAUGUUGGAGGUCCAGUCCCAGAUGGCCCAGUACAAGCAGCUUGGUGAUCUCUGA